CAUCUAUCCGACCACAUGGCUUAUUACUACUAGUACCGGGGCCGGGCGGGUGGUCACGCAAAGAAGUCAGGCGCAUGAAGCAAAAGUGAGAAGAGCGGGGAGGCGAGGCGAUGACCAUCUCCACUCCCUCUCCUCCCUAGUAGUGUAUAAAAAGCCGGCGCCGGCCGUCGUCCCCUACCCACCCACCCACCCCGGGCCCCUCCUCCCGCUCCAUCCAUGGCCGCCAACCUCCCGGACGCCGACGCCGCGGGGUUCAAGCUGUUCGGCAAGGUCAUCCAGCCCCCCGACGCGCAAAAACGCGGGGCGGACGAGGGCGACGACCCGACGCCACAGACGGCCCUUCCUCCUCCUCCUCCCCCUCCCCCGCCCCCGCCCCCGCAGCAGGCGCCCGCGGCUGGGGGUCCCGGCGCCGAGCCGCUGCCGUGCCCGCGGUGCGGCAGCCGGGAGACCAAGUUCUGCUACUUCAACAACUACAACGUGCGGCAGCCGCGCCACCUCUGCCGCGCCUGCCGCCGCUACUGGACGGCCGGCGGCGCGCUCCGCCGCGUGGCCUCCGCGUCCCCGGGCCGCCGCAGGCCGCGCCCCACCGCCCGAUCGGCGCCCGUCGCUGCCGCCGCGUCGUCCGCCCCCGCAGCCGCCGAGGAGGAUUCUUUUGGUGGCCAAAAGGAUGCUGCCGGCCUGCUCUGCGACCGCGAGAGAGUUCAGUUUGGUAGGCAGUCAAAAAGGCCGCCACUCCAGCACGCCAGGGUGACAGAGCAGUGCAGAUGCAGGAGCUCUAAAAAAACAUGCUUCAUCACCGCUUCCAACGAGCUCGUCAGGGUCCUGGCCAACCCCACAGGCGUCCUCAACCCGUCGGCAGCGUCCCUCCUCGCGCCGCGCUGCGCUGCGCUCCGAGCUGGAAGCUAGCGGAGGCGUCGCUGCGGGUGGCCACGCGGGGCUGGGUGUUAGCCGCUGCACAGGCAACUACCGUGCUGGCAUCAGACGACGCCGCUGUAGCAGCUGUAAGCAGAUGUUCAAGAGUGUUCCAAGCAGAAGAACGAAGUGCGGCUGCGUCGGCAGAGGCACGACAAUGUCCGAGUUACUGGACCAGAGUGGGCCAUGUAAGCGUGAGUUGGGCUAGACCAUUAGAGAAGUAUAAAGGGGAACAACUGUAGGGGCAUCAAACAACAAAAAGCUAAACCGCAAUUGCCUU